AUGUGGAAUGAUAUCGUUUAUGUAUUAUUGCUGUUGCUUUCCAUAGCAAUCGGACCGUUCUAUCGCAAAAUAGAAGAACCUCGUGCAAAACAAUGGGUCGCGACCUUCAUCGGCUUCGCGUUAGUGCUCUGUGUUUCAGGAUCAUCAGUCCUACAUCCGAUCAUUACAGUUCUCGUCAACGCCGUUAUUAUAACCAACUUAUCAUGGAAAAAAUGUCACCUAAUUAGUUUAUAUUUCUCCUUUUUCUACUUACUUGUGAUCUUCCGAUUGGGCGACUAUUUCGGUUUACCGAACCCGCCGACUCACACGAAUCUUGUUGUAAUGAUUCUCACCUUAAAACUACCUGGACUAGCGUUUGAGAUCAACUCUGCAUCUACAGCAUCAACUGAUGAUGCUCAAGGAGUGAAUUCCGAUGCACUGAAGAAAAUUGAUUUCAUGGACGUAAUACAUUAUAGCUUCGGUUAUAUGGGUGUGUUAACAGGUCCAUAUUAUCGUUAUAGAACGUACUGGGACUCUCUGCAUAGACCAUUUUCCAGCUAUGUUGACCCGUGGCCGCUCACCUAUUACAAACUCAAACAGAUUGCUGCAUUUAUUAUGCUGUUUCUGGUGAUAAAUCAUCUCUUCCCCAGCGAUUACACGCAAACGGUAGCGUUUGAAGAGCACUGUUUCUUCUAUAGAUUUUUCUAUAUGUACCCAGCAUUCGCUGGUUUUCGCCUGAGAAUGUUUAUCGGUAUGGCACUGGCUGAAUGUGCUUGUCAAAUGUCAGGACUAGGAGCUUACCCAAUCUGCUGCCAAUCUACACCCGGUUUAGGUCCGCGCGAUUACAAAAUGGUCGAAAAAUUGUCGCUUGAUUGCGAGAGAAUAAAAAGAGAAGAGCAGAAUUUCGAGACGGUGCACAAUAUGAACGUGUGGGAAGUGGAAGCGUCUCCGUUUGUUAGGCACACGAUGAAAAUGUGGAAUACAUGCAUACAAUAUUGGAUGGCUGUAUGCAUUUACAAACGAUUCCCUUAUAAAAAUUUCAGAACCAUUGCCACAUUGACUUUAUCUGCCUUAUGGCAUGGUUACGCUGCAGGAUAUUAUUUUUGCAUUUGCCAAGUUCCGUUGUACCUACCUUUCGAGGAUAUUUGUAUCAAAUUCUACAAUCAAUGCGAAGAAAAUGGAUUUGGUAGAAAGGCUUGGAGACUCUUUCUCUGGUGGGCGAAACUCACAUGCAUGGCAUAUCUCGGCGUGCCCUUUCAACUACAGCGUUUCCAGGAAAUAAUAUACUUUUACAGAAAUGUAUACUUCUCUGGACAUAUAUUGGGACUUCUGGCUUAUUUGAUCGUACGAAUUCUAAAAACUCAUUUUCUUAAACGAGAUCAAAUGGAGGAACAUAAGAAAAAAUAAUUUUUCUCAAACAAGCGCUUCAAGUUUAAAGCAGAGGUUCCUACAUUGUAAGGAUAAAAAAACUUCGAUUUAGCCGAUUUUUUAAACUGUUGAUUAAUAAAAACUUAUGUCUCCUGGCCCAUGGAGCCUGAAGCUUUUUCAAUUUUUUUGUUUUAUUAUUGAUAUCAUAUUGUUGAUAAUUUUUAAUUGUUAUAUUUUGUGUAAUUUUUUGAUAUUUUUUUUGCAUCUAAUUGUUAAAUCAUUAGAAUCUAAGAUUAAAGGAUUAGGUCACUGUAGCGCACGAAAAAAAACAGCUUAAUUUUGACAAUUAUUAUUACGAAGAUAAGUAAUGCAAAAAAGAAAAUUCAAGUUAAGCACUUGAUUGUUCAUCCUUUUAACCCUUAUGUGCACACCGGAGUAUUUGGGUACCCAUUUCGUUGUAUUUUUGUUUAUAACUUGAAUAAAAAUUGAAAUCUCGACAUAAGCCUCCGAAUCCCCGUUAUUUAACUCUUUUAGAAACUAAAAACACACUGGUAAUUUUUUUUUCAAAUUUUUUGAACCUAAACUAAAUAACGUUAAAAUAUAGUGCUUAGCGGAGGUACUCGGGUACCUACUAGAUGAAAAAUUACUUUUUGACCCGAGAAUUAAUUAAUAAUAUUGAUAAAUAUUUUAUUAAGGUAACAGGAGUUAAGGGAGUUCCUCUGUUCAGGCCCGGCACAACAAGUGGCACAGGAGUUCAAGUAAAGAAAAAUAUUCAAAUGACUAUUUUGUUGCUUUCUUUUUUUCUUUGCUGUAUAUGGUCUAAAGUUAAUAAUGGUGAAUAUAAGAAAAAAAUCAACUAUAAAGUAUUACCUUCAUUACUGAAAUAAUUUUUUUAAAAAUUGAGAAUAAACAUUUUUCACUAUUAUACCCUUAGAUAACUAAAUACAACAGUUUGAAAUUCAUGUUAUAUCACUAGCACACAUUUACCACACUUACGUGCUGUAUUACUUCAAUUAUUGUAAAUUUUUUUUAUCUUAUCAAUUAUUUCACUCAAACGAGCAAGUUGCAUUGUUUCAAAAAUUUAUCAGUACUUUUCUGGACAGCUAAAAUGUAUUAUUAUAAAGUUUCACUAACAUCUGUUUAUUACUUCUAUGUUUAAUACGACAAUAAAAACUGAAAAAUCCUGAAAAUUUAUCGAUUCCCAUAAGAGCCCAUGUUAAUAAAAUAUUUAAUAUCUAAAUAACUAGCUAGUUCAGAUUUCUGAAAUUUUGACAGUCAAUUUAUAUCUAAUUUGAACUUCUCUACAAAGUUUUAUGAAAAUCUGUUCAUUUUGAUUUAGCAGCGGGACUCUCUUAAUUAUUGUAAUUUAACAAUUACAAUAAUUUUUAAGGUAAAUUAGACUAUACUUACAUUUAUUUAACGCAAUCAAUACAUUUAAUUGCCGAUACACAGUGUUCAUCGCAGACAGGUUUUUUGUAAACUGAACAACAUUUUCGCGUCUUUUGAGCAGUUUCUUUGUAGUAAACAUGACGAGAACUAUAAUUUUUUUCCUACCAAUACUGUCUUGAAGUUGAGUCAAUUAUCAAUUCGCAAACGUUUCGUUCAAUUAAUUAUCAUUACCAUUUGUGGUAAGUAUCAUUACCAUUUGUGGUAAUUAUUUGCAUUAGCGAUUCCUCACCGAUUUUGAUGAUCUUUAAAUAUGUUAUCACGAUCAUUAUUCUGAACAACUUUUUCCUAUAUGGUACAUGUUACCGUCUUAGUUUCUGAGUGUGCAAUCGGGUCGGUGCGCAAUCGGGUCGGUGUGCAAUCGGGUCCGUGUGCAAUCGGGUCCGUGUGCAAUCGGAUCCGUGUGCAAACGGGUCGUGUGCAAUCGGGUCCGUGUGCAAUCGGGUCGGUGUGUAAUCGAGUCCAUGUGCAAUCGGAUCUGUGUCCAAUCGGGUCCGUGUCCAAUCGGGUCUGUGUCCAAUCAGAAAAUACUACUUUGUCCAAUCGCUUAUAUGCGCAAUCAGGUCUCACUCAUUAUAUACACUUAUUAACAGAAACUUAUUAACAAAAGAAAGUUUAAUAAAUACGAUACGACACACGCUGUUGCCACACACGCACACACGGGGGGGGGGGGUGCAAGGGAGGCCUUUAAUGAAAUCGAAGCAAGAAAUUAAAAAAAACUUUUAUAUAUAACUCAGAAACUAAGGCCGAGCGGCGGUAACAUGUAUAGAGAAAAGUUGUUCAGAAUAAUGACCCUGACAUAUUUAUAGGUCAUCCAAAUCGGUGAGGAAUCACUAAUGUAAAUAAUUACCACCGUUUAUUUUUACUAUUAAUAUUAAUAUUAAUGUUGUAUAAUAUAAACAGAUUUUAAAUUAAUUUAUGUUUAUUAUUUCCGCUAUAUCUGCAUAGAGAAAUUGUUUUGCAUAAUGUAUAAAAAUUCUAAGAACUAAUUUUCCAUUACAAAAAAUAUGCUGUUGUGGCGCUGUUCGUGGUAAACGCUGGGUGUGCAUAUAAGCUAGGGUUAAGUAUAUAAUUUUUAAUUUUUUUUUUGUAAAAAAUGAGAGGCAUUCAGUACAGCCUUAUAAACACUAUUAAAAAAACUUUUUUCAAUUUUUUGUAAAUUCUACAGUGACCUAAUCCUUUAAAUGUAAUUAUAUAAUUAUAAUAUGCGUACAUAUUAUUAUCGAAAAAGCUUUAAUAAAUUUGAGAUUUUGUCAUCCCAUAAAAGUAUCUUGAUUUCUAAAAAAUCAUAAUUUUCAAAAAUCCAUUUUAAUUAAAAAAGAUAAAACUUUGAAUCUGUUUUUUAGUUUUUUCUCUACAAUAUUUUGUUCCUAAAUUGUGUUAAACAUUCAUAUUAAAAAAAUUUUUUUGUAACUUUGAAACGCUAUAGCUCAAUAAAACUAUCGG